AUGUCGAGCAGAGAGGCGAAGAAAUGGAAGAAGGUGGUUAGCGGGGGGAGUUCUAGCAAUGCCAAACUCUUUGUGGAUAAAGAUGCUAAGAAGAGGUAUGAUUCAUUCAUUGUUAAACAUCCUCUAUUAAUUGAGCGUGGUGUUUACCUUGAUGAGCUAGUAGGGAGUGUGGAUUCCCCUGAAAUACUUCGGGCUCAGAAAUGGAAACCUCUGUUUNUAAGAAGAGUAGGGAGUGUGGAUUCCCCUGAAAUACUUCGGGCUCAGAAAUGGAAACCUUUGUGUGAUGUGAAUGUGGAUGAUAAAGCAUAUGUUGAACUGGUUAAGUUUUUUUAUGCAAAUGUUCAUGAGUACAAUGAGAAUGAGCUGACAUUUAAGACACUGGUUAGGAAGAAAUCCAUCACUAUUUCGCCUGAUCUUAUUUCAAAUGUAUUAAAAAUUGAUAGACCAGACAUUCCUGAGAAUUCCAUUGUCUUUCCAUAUUCAACUAAUUUUUUGGCCUCUAUUGCUGUUCAGAUGGGAGCAUUUACUGAGUUAUCUUCUCAUAGAAGUCUGGCUGUGUCUGGCAGAUUACUUCUUCAUCAGAAUCAGUUUGGACUGGGUACUACAAGGAAAAUGAGACUUGUGAUAGCUGCUGGGAUGCUGACGUGGAGGGUUGGUCCUGGUCUUUAUGCUUGGCUACUGGACUGGUUUGCUGUUUUGCUUUGUUUCAGUAGUUGUCUGCUAUUUUGGCAGACUGUUGCUGUGAGCUGGGCUGUUACCAAAGGUGUAGGAGCUGAGUUUGGGUACAUAGAAAACCAGCUGGGAUUGAAUGGGUGUUGUAUUGGUUUGUUUCUGAUUUGGGGAUUCUGCAUCAGGAGCUGUCUGGGAGUUCAGGAGCUGGACUAA